GCUGAGAAGGCGACUUCUGGUGGACAGCCUACUCCUACAUGUAGGCACAGAGGUCGAACAGAAGAAACCCACAGCUUCAUGUUGCUCUCGAACAGCCUCAAUGUAGCUUCACUCGACUCUGUCAAAGCUGCUUGGUGAAACGAAAAGGAAAUUAUGAGUGAAAACAUCUGGGUGCGGCGUACUUUAGAUGAAAAGCUUUCGCUCUGCCGGAGGUCGAUUUUUGCCUUUUGUAUUUCCUUGCUGAAUGUCGUGGACAUUUUGGAUUUUUAAUGCUCUGUGUCGUCAAGUCUUACCAAUUAAGGGCCAUUUUUCUAUCGUCGGUUAGUUUGUUUGAGUAAGGUACAUACUUUUCAGUGUGAAAACAAUUGAGGACGACAACGUUAGACAACUUGAGGACGGCUUGCUGAGGAGAAUGUGCGUACUGGGCCAGCUUCGAGCUGCUCUUUAAGGGGGCAACAUUAGCUAGCUGCUAGCACUAGCAAACCCCUUACUGAACUAACGUUACCUUCAAGCAAAUUUGUGAAGCUAGCCAAUGCCCACUUCUCGACACAUUUUUUGGAUAGUACCACACUGCCCACAACCUGGACAUCAUUAAAUGAGACGCUGACUCGACAUUAAUUCAGAUAAGCAAAUUGUUGCUGUUGGAUCUAUCAUCUGCCAUCCACUGGGAUCCAGGCGCUUGAGUCCUAAAUGACAAGUGCCUGAGGAUGUCCAAGCGGAGCUUGUUUGUUCGUCUGGUGCCGUGCCGCUGCUUGCGGGGUGAGGAGGAGGCGGUAACAUCGCUGGACUACUCCCACUGCAGCCUGGAGACUGUUCCUAAGGAGAUCUUUAGUUUUGAGAAGACCCUGCAGGAACUCUACCUCGAUGCCAACCAAAUCGAGGAGCUGCCUAAACAACUGUUUAACUGCCAGUUGCUCUACCGACUGAGCAUGCCAGAUAAUGAUCUGACAGUGUUGCCAGCAGCGAUCGCAAACCUCAUCAAUCUCAGGGAGCUUGAUGUCAGCAAAAACAGUAUCCAGGAGUUUCCAGAAAACAUCAAGAAUUGCAAAGUCCUAGCUGUUGUGGAAGCCAGUGUGAAUCCCAUAUCCAAGCUCCCAGAGGGCUUCACUCAGCUUCUGAGUUUGACGCAGCUCUACCUGAAUGAUGCCUUCCUGGAGUUCUUACCAGCCAGCUUUGGCAGGUUGACUAAACUACAGAUCUUGGAGCUGAGGGAGAACCAGUUAAAGAUGUUGCCAAAAAGCAUGCAGAAGCUCACACAGCUGGAGAGGUUGGACCUGGGGAGUAAUGAGUUUACUGAAGUGCCUGAGGUGUUGGAGCAGCUGACUGGAAUUAAGGAGCUGUGGAUGGACGGGAACAGACUGACAUUUUUACCUGGGAUGCUGGGGAUGCUCAAGCAGCUGGUAUACUUGGAUGUGUCCAAGAACAACCUAGAGAUGGUGGAUGAGCAAAUCUGCGGCUGUGAGAACCUGCAGGACCUUUUGCUCUCUAACAAUGCCCUCACACAGCUGCCAGGCUCCAUUGGCUCACUAAAGAAACUGACCGCACUGAAAGUGGAUGAGAACCAGCUGAUGUACUUGCCAGACUCAGUUGGAGGGCUGACAGCACUGGAUGAGCUGGACUGCAGUUUCAAUGAGAUUGAAGCCUUGCCCUCUUCCAUUGGCCAGUGCGUCAGCAUCCGCACCUUCGCUGCAGAUCAUAACUUUCUCACAAUGCUUCCCCCCGAGAUGGGCAACUGGAAGAAUGCAACUGUGCUGUUCCUACAUUCCAACAAGCUGGAGUCUUUGCCUGAGGAAAUGGGUGACAUGCAGAAGCUCAAGGUUAUCAAUCUAAGCAACAACAAGUUAAGGAAUCUUCCCUACAGUUUCACUAAGCUGAACCAGAUGACUGCAAUGUGGCUGUCCGAAAAUCAGUCAAAGCCCCUGAUCCCUCUCCAGAAAGAGGAGGAUCCAGAGACACACAAAACUGUGCUGACCAACUACAUGUUCCCCCAGCAAACUAGGACUGAGGAGUACAUUCCCAACUCUGACUCUGAGAGCUUCAAUCCAGCUCUUUGGGAGGAGCAGCGCAAGCACCGAGCUCAGGUGGCCUUUGAGUGUGACGAGGACAAAGAUGAGAGAGAAACACCCCCAAGGGAGGGAAACCUGAAGCGCUACCCUACACCAUACCCAGAUGAGCUGAAGAACAUGGUGAAGACAGCCCAGUCUGUGGCUCACAGGCUCAAGGAGGAUGAGUCGAGUGAUGAGUCGGGAAAAGAUGCAAGGCCAAUUGAGAGGAACCACAUUGGCGUGCAGGAUGUGGGAGUUAAGGUGAUAGAGGCUCCCUGUCCUAAUGGUACGGCAUCAGAAGUGGAGCCCCAAGAAUCUACCAACACAUUGGCCCAAAACUCCUCUGCACCAGAAUCAAACAUUUCUGAGUCUUACACCUCUCAGACAGUCGCACUCAAAUCUUCAGGGGGCGCUCUAAUGAACCAUGAGGACACACUAGAGGAUUCUGAGGAGCUGUCUGAUGAAGAGGAGGAGAUGAAAAUUGCAGAGAUGAGACCCCCUCUUAUUGAGAUCUCCAUCAACCAGCCUAAAGUAGUAACUUUGAGUAAAGACAAAAAAGAUGAUGCAGACUCUUUGCUGGAUGACACAGUGGCCAACAGCAACCAGAACAACAGUAACUGUUCAUCGCCAUCACGCAUGUCUGACUCAGUGUCUCUGACCACAGACAGCAGUCAGGACAACUCCCUGUGCACGCCUGAGAGAGAGGCAAAGAUGCCCUUCCUACCAAAAGGCCGGCAAGAGGAUGAGAAUAUGAACCAGCCUAAAGACACCACCCCUCUUCUCCAUAAUGGUAACGGCUCUGAAACGUCCCUUCAGGCCCUUUUGAAAACCCAGCAGACUCCGCCAGAGAAAAUGGGUGACUACGACCUGUCCAUGGAAGCAAGGCUGGCCUUCAUUGAGAAGGGAAUAAACAAUGGCAUGGGAGAAACUUACACCAAGUGGGACCAGAUCAAUAUGAAUGUGUCCAAGUUGCCGACUGACAACAUGGUCCAGCUGGAUGAGGUGGACAAAACCAAGAAUGGUUCAGUAACCCAGGAGGAGCUGGACAGCAAGCAGAGUUUUGGCAACGACAACAUGGAGCAUUUUCUGAAUGGAAACCAGCAGGUCAGUGACUGCAUCAAUAGUGUGGGCAACAAAAGCCAAGCGAUGAGAGUAGAGACAUCUGCUGUGCAUGUGGCCUCGACAGGCGUGACAGCCAGCAGUGACAUGUCUCUGUCUCGCAGCACAGAGGAACUGUCUCCGGAUAAAAGGGGCCAUCCCCCACAGGUGAUGAAGUCUCACAGUGUCAGCAACAUAGAAACAGGGGGAAUGAAGCUAUACUCCUUUGAUGGGGAUGAUGACUCUUACGACACAGCAGGAAUGACUAGGAUGGCAGGGGCCGGCCCAGGGCCAGGAGCUCAGGGUCAGAGCAUAGUCAGGAGCAAGUCAGCCAGUCAGUUACUUAAUGACCAGACUCUCCAGAUCUACCCCGGCUCCUCUGCAUCUUCCUCAGAUCUGCUCUCUUCCUCUAAGCCCCCUGCCAGCACCAGUAGAUAUCCUGUCUCCUCCAGCAUGGCCAUGGGCAUCCCUCCUCCUCAGUACAAUAUACAGUACACAAGCAGUGCCAUGCCUAAAGACGGCCUCUGGGCCCAGAGGACGCCCAUGCCUCCAGAGCACCAAGGCUACCUCCCCCCUCCGCCACACUCACUAGCCAACACCAACUACUCCAACCGUAAUCAAGCACCUCCCUACCCUUUGCAGCCCCAGCAGAGGGGGCCUCCUAUGGCUCCCAAAUCCUCUGGAGACAUGUGGGCUAAGGAGAGACUUCAUUCUACUGGGGGCCAGGCUAGAAGCAGCUCUCUGCAGAGGCAAAGCAGCACUGCCUCCACAGCUUCCAUGGGUGACCCGAGGCGCAUACAGGUACCUGAAGGGGAAUACAUGACGUACAGGGAUAUUCACACCCUCGCCAGGGGGCCGCUGGCAAUGAGCCAGGCCAUGCAGAGGCCCCUCUCAGCUCGCACUUACAGCAUCGACGUACCUGGAGCUUCCAGGCCUAUUGGCGCCAGGCCGCAGCCGCACGAACUUCCGGAGAGGACCAUGUCUGUCAGCGAUUUCAACUAUCAGCAAAGCAGCCCCAGCAAGAGGCCCAACGUCAGGGUGAAGUCUGAGCACUCGCUGCUGGAUGGGUCUGGACAGGUGUCAGGAGGAGUUGGAACAGGAAGGGUGCCAGCUGACUGGAGAGACCAGGUGAUGCGGCACAUCGAGGCAAAGAAAAUGGAAAAGAAUGCACUGUCUCGCUCCUAUAAUUCCAAUAAUGCUCCGCUGAGUUGGUCUCACUACGGCAGCUGUAGGGAUAUGCAUGCCAGCCAAGGGUCCCUGGUCUUUAGUGCCAGGGACGGACAGCCCUAUGGAGCUCUGGGCUUUUGUGAUGAUGUGUUUCCCCAAGGGCAGCAGAGCUACACCAUGGACCCCCACAGAAAAGUGCCUUUGAUGAACGGUCAGAUGGGGCCUUCUGUUCGUCCCCAGGUGAGCCAGUCGUCCAUGGCCCGCCAUCCUUCCAGGGAGCAGCUCAUUGAUUACCUGAUGCUCAAAGUCUCCCAUCAGCCCCAGGGCCCUCCACGCAUCCCGCUUGACUCACUGCAGCAAGAGAUCCGUGUGAAAGUGGAGAAGAAUCCAGAACUGGGUUUCAGUAUAUCAGGAGGAGUGGGAGGUCGGGGAAAUCCCUUUCGUCCAGAUGACAAUGGUAUAUUUGUGACAAGGGUCCAACCUGAGGGGCCGGCAUCUAUGAUUCUUCAGCCUGGAGAUAAAAUCAUCCAGGCAAAUGGAUACAGCUUUGUGAAUAUCGAUCAUGGGAAUGCAGUGUCCCUCCUGAAGACGUUUCCAAACACUGUGGAUUUGACUAUCAUAAGAGAAACGCAAGCAUAGACUCAAGUGAAACUGACCUCUGAAGCGUUUGGAGGGGGGGACACGAGAGGAGAGACAAACAGAGAAAUUAAUGUUGACUCUCAUAUUUUUAUACACAGAGGAGACUGACCUGUUGAUACCUGUUGGGACUAUUUAUAGUAGAGAUCUUCAUAGCCUUGAUUAAACGGGGAAAACCACUGAAUGUAGUGGAUCAAAGUGAGACGGCGGCAAACCUCUGCAAGUACGAGUCCUCAAAAGGCCAUCACUGUGGUAUAUAUAUUUUUAUACAUAAGAAGCUGAAGAUAUGACCUGCUCUGAUGCAAAUAAUUACUGUGGUCUCUGUACAGAUCAUCUUUUGUUUCUGUCCAAAACUCCUUUGUCAUGAAUUAGGUUUCAUUUCUGCAAAUUGACAUGAACUGACCACUUAGGGACAGAGCUCCCUCUCUUCUGUCAUCCAAUUUGCCUUUUUUUUUUUAAAUAAGCGUUUUAUUUAAGAUGUUGAAACCAUAUUCUGGUCUGCCGUGCGAUCUUAUAUGGAGGACAAUGUUACGUGCUUUUCAUGUGGAGACGAAUGUAGAUCGAGGAGGUGUUUGAUUUGUUUUUUGGAGAGAUUUUUUUUUCUCUUCUUGGGAGAUCGAAGAGUUGAGAUGAGGAGAUCAUCCGCCCCUGCUUCCAUAAACACCCUCCAGCGUACACACACUUCUGUCUUCAGCUCCACUCAGAUACCCUCACAGCAACUGCUCUGCUUAUCACCUGACCAGACCACUACCUGUGCUGUGUGGAAACAAUAGGAGUGAAUCACAGCUUCUCAGAUGUUGAAGAAAUGCAGUCUGCAUGUGAUCAUUUAAUGAGACUGGAAAAUGUAAUAUUGGGGGAACUGGGAAAGGAGAAGUGUAGCAUGUGUUUGCUCAGCCUUAACCUGUUUUGCCAGUCAGAAGUUCUUCUCUAAAGCAAGAGCGAGUUUGAUGUUUUGGGAAAUACGCUUCUUUACUUUCAGGAGGGGUGUGACAUGAGUAGAUUGAAGCAGUGGUAGCUAUUGAUCUUCUCCAAUCUUUUUCCUGCCAGAAAGCAAGUGACUUCCCAAAAUGUCAAAACUGUUCCUUUAAGCAGAGAAAAAUAUGGCGGUUAUGCUAGUUAACCAAAGCAAGUUUGGAAAUAGUGAACAGAAGGCAAAAGCAGGAGACAACUUAUGAAAGAGAUUUGAAUAAGAACAGGUCAAAGUUUCACUCAUGUUUUAUUUUUAAAGGGUAACUGCAGUGUUUUUUCACCUGGACCCUACUGUCCCAUGUUUUGUGGGAACAGCAGUGUUUGAAACUGGCCCAGUAUUGAGCCAGAGCGGCGGAAAAACAGGCAGCAACAAAGUUAUUGUUUUUGUCAUUGACAGGAUCAGAUUGUUAUUGUUAGUGUCUAACAACAUUAUGGAAAUGAUGCUCCUCCUGACAUAGGCCAUGUUUUUUUAAAACCAGAAACAGAAUGGCUUUCACCAAACACACCAGACUCUAUUUAAAUAUGCAGUAUUUUUAUCAUCAUAAGAUAAACUUCAUUUAAAGUUGACAGAAACAAAAUAAUACUCACAAACACCAUCUUGUUUCGUCUUUCCACAGUUUUAACAAUCACCAACUCUGUUUGGUUGAAAUAAGGGAUUAAUACACACAGUUAGAUGUGAAAACAUUCUGGCUGUAUACACGCUAAAAUUGCUGUUUAUUAAAAUGGAGUCUGGUGGGUUUAGCGAUAGAGAUUUCAAGGCUGUUUCUGUUUAAACAAAAAGGAUCUUAUUCUUUAACAAAAAGCUCUAUCUCUGUAAGGAUCCUUUUUAUAAUGUUGUCAGACACUUAAAAUAACAAUCUGAGUCUCUCAGUUUUCACACUGAGCAACUGCAAAACACGCUGCAGUGAAACCACGUCAGUUUACGUCCACUUAAAGUAAACUGAUGUAGUUUCAUUGCAGCCUGUUUUGCGGCUGCUGCGCUCUCGUUCCCAUCAGUCACUUAGACACAAAAACAUGGGAAAAUAGGGAUCAGGGUGAAAAAUACCUGAAGUUCCCCUUUAAGGGCUUCAUCUUUCAGGCAGCCAUUGGUGAGAUGAGUGUUUGUUUUGCAGGGGUUUCAACAUCUGUCAGUUUUAUUUUUUACAUGGGAGAAGACCACAGUUUGCCUUUUAUGUCUAUAGAAAUGUUUUAUCAUACUUUUUACUCAUCACUUUGGAGCAGUUUCUCAAUCAUUUUUUUCUUUGCUGUACAGAGAGUAGAGUUGGGAGAGACAAGUUGUCAAGUGCCAUAGACCUUGAACUGUUUGAACAGGGGAGGACCUUUGACCCCAGCACCCAAGCAAUAUUCACAUGUUCACAAUCUUCUGAGUACGUUUGCAGCAUAAUGGCUUCAAAGCAAUAUUUAAAGCCUUUUAUUUUCAUCCAGAAAAACAACAUCAGAUAGCAUUUUUUAAAAACACAAUCUUUUAGUAAUCACUGAUGAUUUUACAUGAUUUUUAUAUUGUAAAAGAAUCAUUUUUUGUAAUGAGAUAGCACAGGAGAUAUAUAUAGCAGUGCUUAAACAGAAAGAUUUCUCUGCAUUGUGUAGAAGUGAAUGUUUGUGUCACUUUGCCUGAGAGCUUUUUAUCAUGUUGUCGCUUUGAUUAACUCCUGAUGUUCGUUUGUGCAAAAUAAUCAACUUACACUGUUGGAAAAAACUAAAACAGUCAAAGCUGCAUCUCAGAACAUUCCUUAUGUUUGUCAAAGAACUGUGUCAGAAGGAAAAAUGUGAUUUUAAAGGCAACAUGACGUGACUUCUAAUUCUCUGUGCACCUCUGCAUUUAUAUUCAUUCACUGGUAAAUGACUCUUCAGUGAGACGUGUUUCCGAAGAAAAGGAAAUGAUAAAAUUCAGUAAGUAAUGUCCCCAUAAAUUCCAACAAUACAUUUGUGACCACUGAAUUGUUUGUACAAUAUAUAAUAGAAUUUUAUCCUACAGUGUUUCAGCAAAUGGCAUUCCCUCAACUUGUUUACAGUAGAUUGUGUCAUCUACUCUUCCCACAUAUAGUUAAGAUUGACCCAUAUGUGGCACUGUCCAACCAAAAUAAAAACACUGUGGUAUUUAAGAAAAUGAAAUAUCCCUUUUUAAUAAUAAUAGUCGUACUGUUUAAAGUUAGCUGUUCUAAGUGAAGCUGUACCCUUCAUUUACAAACUUAAUCUUAAAUUAGUACAUUUUAUUCACAAGCAGAUGACAUUGAUAAUGAGCAUUUCCCAAAUUUCUCACAGAACGUAGUAUUUUACAUGGAUGAAUUGUUGUGUACAUUAUUUGUAUUAAUUUUGUUUUUGAUGUCUGUUGACUUUCUAAGAAUAGGGAGAAACAUUUCUGAGGUAAUGGUCACUUUAUGUUCAUGGCAAAAAAGAACGUAUACAGUCUGACAUCGUAGACAAUCUAGGGAGACAAAACAUGUCGUUACAUUUUCUUCAUUCAUGUCAGUUUCUUAUGCUCCCGUAUUGUUCUUAUUUAUUUAGCAGUCUUCUGUGGUUUUUAGACCGUACUAAUCAAAUUGUAAAUACUCUUAAAAAAGUGAGAAAAGAAUUAAUAACGGCAUUAGUGACUUGCGAUUGUAAAACCAGCAAUAAAUUGCAAUGCAGAGGCACUCGUUUUAAUGUAUAGCUAGUAUUUCUAAGGUUUCUCUGGAAACAGCCACAGUGAGAUGAUGAUUGAUAUGCAUUUAUCCAACAUUCCAGAUUUUGUACAUAAUGACCUGUUUCUGAAGUAACCUGUGGAAAAUAAACUAAUGCUCUUUA